GCAGACAAGCCGGCGGCUCUUCAGUAAGCGCAGCAGCAGCGAACGACAGAAACUUUACAGGAGAAACGGUGACGGUACCGAGAGGCGGACGGCUGUACUGUGUAUUAUUUGCUGGACUAUACUGGAACACAACGGCGGGACACUGAAGACGCUCAGCUCGCUGUUUUUUUAAAGCUACAAAUCCCCGUUAAGCUAACGUUUAGCGACAUUCCCGCUUGUUUUUGUGAACUACCUGGAAGAACAGCCAUGCUCACCCUGUGCCUCGUGUUGAUGUUAUCCACUGCCUCCGUCUUCUCAGAGUCGCAGGUGAGGGAGACGGAGACAUGGAUGCCCAUGAAGAGCUCGCAGGCUGCCGGCGCGACGACACGUGGCGGCGAUCUGGAGGCGUCCGGAGUCACCCCGAUUGGCUCAGACUUCGGCUUCACAGACGACGACGACGACGAUUACACGUACGACGAUGAAGACUACAACGACUUCUCUGGAUCUGGUGACGCAGACACGACCGUGUCACCUGACGAGACGACAUCAGUGAAGCUCGACAUUAUCGACAAUAAGAUCCCCGAGCCAGAGCGCCCGGUGCGACCAACCGUCAACGAGAUAGAGAUCGUCGAGAAGAACGAGAUCCCCGUGCUGGGCAACGACGAUCGCAGAGAAGACAACCUGUCCAAUGUCCUCAUGUCCCACACCGGCAACGAGAGCUUCCUGAGCAAGACGGAGUUCCUCGCAGCUCUGAUCGCGGCCCUCGCCGUCAGCCUGAUGCUCGCCGUCCUCCUCAUCCUCUUCCUCAUCUAUCGCAUGAAGAAAAAGGACGAGGGCAGCUACGAUCUGUCGAAGAAGCCCAUCUACAAGAAGGCCCCCACCACAGAGAUCUACGCAUAGACCCCGACCUCCUCCUGCUCCUCCUCCUUUCACAACCACACACAAUCACACACCUCACUCCCUUAAAAACCCAAUCAGGGCCGGCGUCUGGCCUCAUCAUCAUCAUCAU